AUGAGCAGCAGCGCCGAGUUCAUCGCCGCCCACGCCCGGCACCGCCCCCUGGAGCUCAUCUUCCAGCGCGGCACGUUGGAAAGCAUCCCGUUGCUCACCCUUGACGAGGCGGAGCAGCAGUGUCGUCUCCGUCACGCGCAGUACUACCCCGCGUACACGAGACCCACCGGCGGCGGCGGAGAUUGGAGUGGACACGUCUUGCUCGAUUCCUGCGACGGGCUCCUGCUGUUUCAGAGAGACAGUGACCGUAAGGACUUCGUCGUCUGCAACCCGGUUACGCAGCAGUGGAGCAUGGUGCCUCGUGUCCCCGGCGCCGCCUACACGGUGCCGACCGGGUUCUACGUGCACGGGCCAUCAGGCGAGCACCGGCUCCUAUGCCUCACCGCCGACGACCAAGGAGGAUCAUACUACGUUUGCACGCUCGAAGCUGCGGCCCAAGCCCCCCGUCGGCUGGGACAAGCCUGGCCCUGGCCCUUGGGCAAUCUCUACGCGGACCUACCCGUUCGCUACGUCAACCUUGGCGGCAAGCUUCACUGGUUGCAGCAUCCCAAGAUUCGUUUCUCAGCUGAUGGGUGGCCUCCCAGUGCGGAGGGAAGACGCCCGACGAUCCUGGCGUUCGACAGCGUGCUAGAGACGUUCCGACGGAUACGCCGCCCGCCGUGGGAGCUGAGGGGGACAGCUGCUUCCUGCUGGAGAUGGACGGGAUGCUGGCCAUGGGGCAUUUUCACAUCUUGCGUUUCAUAG